AUGGAAAUUCCUUAUAUUAGCGAGCACCCAAAUGAUUUUCAAGACAAAGUUUCAAGGAAGCUAGUGGAGAAAUAUCAUAAGGCCAAGCUGGGGAAGAAUGAGUUUAAAUUUAACUUGAAAUCUCUGCCUGCUGAAAUUUAUGAUUUUUCUUGAAAAGAACUGAUUGGAGUUGAUUGUACACAGGGAGGAGUAACAGGGAUUUUUCUAUGCCAAUUUGAAGACAAUAGAGCUUUAACCGUUAAAGGCUCCCCUAACGUUGCACAAGAUUAUUUUACCACCCUUCUAUACCAAAAAUUAGCAAUUCAAGUGCCUCUUGCACGGAUCGUUCAAUACAAAGAUAAAGAAUUCAAAAAGAUGAUGCACUCUUUGAGGUCUAAGACAUAUCAUGAUUUAUACAUUGACAAUCAGCUAACACAUGAACUUGACCGUCCUUUUUUGAUUGUGUCAGAGUAUUACCCAACUCUUUCUUUAUUGAUGCUAGGUCCGAAACGAUCAGCUUUAUGCUUUGGCUACGACAAAAUUAAAGGCUAUUCUAGACUUCGGGACUUAGGUGUUAUCCUUGCCCUAGAUCUAUUUUUGAAUAAUUCUGACAGAAUCCCUCUGAUUUGAAAUAAUCAGGGGAAUCCUAACACACUUUGCAUAGAAGUAAUUCCUACAGGUCUCUAUGGUGAAAACUUAGGAGAUCCUGAAUAUGUUGACAUCAAAUUAGGAACAAUUUUCUCAGUAGAUUCAUAUUGCAAUUGUUUAAGAAAGGACAGUGUUUUAGCUGAAACACUUUAUAACCAACACAUGGAAAGGCUUGAACGAUACAUUUUCAGCAUACUCAGAGAUCUCGACGAAGUACUUGAGGGCCGAAACAUUGGGCAAGUCCAUUUCCCAUCAAUGGAAAAGGCAAAAGAAUAUUUUCAAUCCUAUGCAAAUAUCGCUCUUGACGGCACUCAGCUUUUUCAAAUCAUCAAAGGAAUUGUAGCUGGUCUCAAAGAUAUUGCUGAUUUAGAAGAAGGAGAUUUGUUAGAAGUCUACGAGUCAGCAAGGCAGCUUCCUAUGGAGGAUAAGAUGAAUGUUUGAGCUUCAGGGAUGCAGCACAUUGAUAUGCAAUUUCUGAGUGAUGUGAAAAAGAUUAUAGUAAACGCGAUUUCGGCUUCAAUUGAAAAUGUAAACUGGGUUAUCAGAAAUUAUAAUAUUGAUGAAUCCCCUCUGUAUAUGUAA